UUAAAAGACAGUCCAAAUUUUGCUUAUUGCCGUAAAGAAUUCACGUAAUAGAUAUAAUAUAAUAGAUAAGAAACAUGCAUUCCGUUCGUACAGUGGAAAUGAAAAUUCCAAUUUAGCAACGCUGAUAAAAUAGAAUGCGGUCUUGUAUAAAAGUAGUCGACUAGUUAAUACAAUUAUAGUUCAAUCAAUUGGCUCUCGCACGCUUCAAAAUGACAACUAACGCUCUCCUCGUAUGUGCUUUAGCACUCCUUCAUCAGUCUGCUGUGGGUCAGUAUCUGAGUCGCGUCGGUGGCUGUGGUUGUGGAGGCGUUGGCAACGCUUUGGGCUACGGUGGUAUCGGCUACAACGGCUAUGUCGGUAACGAUAUCGGCGCUGCUGGAGCUCUAGGAGCUUCCAAUGGAGGGUGUCUCAACGUCGUCAGCUCCUCUGCCGCUCCUACUAGUCUAGGUGUAGCCUCUGAGAACUCUUACGAGGGAACUGUCGGUGUCUGCGGUAAUCUGCCACUCCUGGGUACUGCAGUCGUCACCGGCGAGUUCCCUACUGGUGGUCUUGGUGGUAUUAACUACGGCUGCGGUAAUGGCGCCGUUGGGAUCACCGCUGAAGAUCGCGCCGGUAUCGGCUACGCCGGUGGACUCGGUUACGGAUCUGGUUACGGACUCGGCUACGGAGGCUACGCCGGCAAUGGAUGUGGAUGUGGUGGCGCCUACUAAAUGUUAGAAUAUAUAUAAAAAAAAACUUUUUUUUAAUAAAUUCUUUGUGAAAAAAUA